GAGAAAGAUGGGAACGUUUAAGAGUUUGAGACAGGCUUAUGAUGCCCUCAAAGACUCUACCAAGGUCGGCCUUGCAAAGGUCAAUAGUGAUUUUACGGAUUUAGACGUUGCCAUAGUUAAAGCCACCAGCCAUUCUGAAUCUCCUCCAAAAGAACGUCACGUCAGAAAAAUAUUUAGCCACAUCUGCAUACGACCACGAGCAGAUACAGCCUACUGCAUUCAUGCUUUGGCCAAGAGAUUAUACAAAACUCGGAGUUGGAUCGUUGCUAUAAAGGUCUUAAUAGUUAUUCAUAGAACAUUAAGGGAAGGUGAUCCUACUUUCAGAGAAGAACUUAUGAGCUGCUCACACAGAGCACAUAUUCUCCAUAUAUCAAACUUUAAAGAUGAUUCAAGUCCACUUGCAUGGGAUUGCUCUGCAUGGGUUAGAACGUAUGCACUCUUUUUAGAGGAAAGACUUGAAUGCUUUAGAAUAUUAAAAUAUGAUAUUGAAACAGAAGGGUUGAUUAAAUCAUCACCUACCACCAAGUCACAUAGCAGAACAAGGGUUUCAGGUAGUAAUGAAUUAAUUGAGCAAUUACCUGUACUGCAGCAACUUCUUUUUCGUCUUAUUGGCUGUCAGCCAGAAGGAGCAGCUUGUACCAAUUACCUUGUCCAAUAUGCUUUGGCUUUGGUAUUGAAAGAGAGUUUUAAAUAUUGUGGUGUAAAUGAUGGAAUUAUCAACCUUGUGGAUAUGUUCUUUGAUAUGCCAAAACAUGAAGCCAUCAAAGCUCUUAAUAUAUACAAAGAGGCAGAUAAUCUUGCUGAAUUUUAUGAAUAUUGCAAAGCAUUAGAUCUGGCUCGGAACUUUCAGUUUCCAACAUUAAGACAGCCACCACCAUCAUUUCUGGCGACUAUGGAAGAAUAUGUAAGAGAAGCUCCACAAAUACGCUCCGUCCAACAUAGGCUAGAGUAUGAACAAAAAGAGCAAUCACCUCCCCCAGAACAAGAAGAAGUAGUCGAAGAAAAAGAAAAAGAAAUAGCAUUGGCAGAUGAAGAAGAGACACAGCUAAAGGAGGAACCCAAAGAAAUUGAACAACUUGUGCCGGUUGAUGACAGUACAGGAGAUUUGUUGGGCUUGAAUGAAAUUAACCCAAGAGCUUUAGAACUAGAGGAAAGCAAUGCAUUGGCUCUUGCAAUACUUCCAGCAGGCAAUGUUUCAACACCAAAUCGUGGUUUAAGUGAAAUUGGUGGAACGGGAUGGGAACUAGCACUUGUUACAGCACCUAGCAACCAUACAACUCCACCCAGGGAAAGCAAAUUGGCGGGAGGAUUUGACAAAUUAUUACUGGAUAGUUUGUAUGAAGAUGAUGCUGCUAGAAAGCACAUACGGUUAAAAAAUGCAGGAUAUAGAUACGAAGAUAUGAAGGUUGAACAAAAUUUAUUCCAACAUGAUCCAUUUACAAUGUCCAAUAAUAUUGCACCCCCAACAAAUGUACAAAUGGCCUUACUAGCUCAACAACAACAACAAAUGAUGCUGAUGCCUUAUCAACACACGACUUCUUCUAACCCAUUUGGAGAUCCAUUUUUUAACCUCCCAUCAACCUCUACAUCUCAAUCAGCAAAUCAUACGUUACUUUAA